CGUAAGAUCCUGAUUUAUCAAAUCCGAGACUUAUGACCGUCUCGAAAGAUUUAGGGUAAAACCUGCUCUAAAUCGAUUACCAGACAGGCCGUCGCCGGAGAUGAAGACUUCAUAUAUGAAGUUGAGGGGCAGCCAAUAUUUCCGGCAGCGUCUCCUCCUUUCGACCCUCUCGUCGACGCCGAUACUCGUAGAGGAUAUCCGAUCCGAGUUUACCUCUCCGGGACUUCGUCCCUAUGAAGUCUCGCUCUUGCGCCUCCUUGAGAAAAUUUCCGAUGACUGUACCGUCGAGAUCAAUGAUACAGGAACUAAACUGAGGUACAAACCGGGGGUUUUGAUUGGAGGGAAAAGCGUUGUUCAUGACUGUGGCCUAAGCAGAUCAAUUGGUUACUUUUUGGAGCCAUUGAUUGUGCUUGGACUCUUCGGAAAGAGGGCUCUCUGUAUCAGGCUCAAAGGGAUAACCAAUGAUUCUAAGGAUCCAAGUGUUGAUACUUUUCGGACAACUACAUUGCAUAUACUCAAACAUUUUGGUGUCUCUUUGGAUGGUCUCGAGUUAAAAAUUGAAAGCCGAGGUGCUGCUCCUCUUGGUGGUGGAGAAGUUGUUCUUGUAGUUCCAAUUGUACCUAGUAGCUUAACUGCUACAACAUGGAUAGAUGAAGGAAUGGUUAAGAGAAUCAGAGGAGUGACUUUCUCAACUAGGGUUUCACCUCAGUUUGGAAAUCGCAUGGUUUUUGCGGCUCGUGGGGUCUUCAAUCGACUACUUCCAGAUGUUCAUAUAUUUACGGAUCAUAGAUCUGGCCAAUCUGGUGGAAGAUCACCUGGCUAUGGCAUUUCUGUGGUUGCUGAAACCACAACAGGUUGCUUAAUUUCAGCAGACAUGGCAGUUAGCCAUCCAAAAACUGAGAUAGAUGCUCUCAUGAAUUUUGAGGAGAAGUCGGAGCUCAUGUCUCCCGAGGAUGUUGGGACUCAAGUUGCUUCUAUUUUACUUGAGGAAAUUGAGGGUGGUGGUGUGAUUGAUUCAUCCCACCAGGGUCUCUUAUUUCUUCUUUGUGCUCUUUGCCCGCCUGAUGUUUCUAAGGUUCGUGUUGGAAAGCUCACGCCUUACAGCAUUGGAACACUAAGAAACAUUAGAGAUUUCCUGGGAGUGAAAUUUGUUAUAAAACCAGAGCCGACCACAAACACUGUCAUUUUAAAAUGUGUUGGUUGUGGAUUGAAAAACAUGUCAAGAAAGUUUUCAUGAGCAGCAGGAAAGAAAGCUCCAGUAUUUGAUUUACAAAGGCAAAUCUACUGUUGUUCAAAUUUUGGUAGUAGUAUCAUUUAUUUGUAUUGUUUUGGUGCAUCAUUUCUCAAUUUGAUUAUUACAGUUGCUAAAUUUACUGCAUGUCGCUUUCUGCCUAAGAUUUAUUGUAUAAUGUUGAAGCAUUUAAUUAGUUCAGGCUAUCACGGAGCUGCAGAAGGAAACCUGUUAUUUCACAGAUGCAAUUUGUUCAUGAGGAAAACCUUAGUGGAAGUUGCUUAUUAGAGAUAUUUUGCUGUAUUUUGCUUUCUGCUCAAGUUCAUUUAAACUUGUCGUGUUGCUUCCCUUUUCUUUCUGUGUCUUGAGAUGCUAGGGGGCAACUAGAUGUAGGUAUUUUUAAAUUAGUCACAUAGACU